AUGGCUGCAACAGUAUACGAAGAACUCAAGGCAUUUCCGUCCAGCACCAAAGUGGUGUCGCCCAAAGACUUUGCCGAGCUAGGCUCAGAUAAGCUAUCCGGAAGAAUCCUCGACGUGGUGUCCACUCUCCCCGCCAGAAUCAGCAAGAAGAAGUCCGACGACGGCAGUGGCGAGUACUGGGAUGUCGACGCGGUGCGUGGACAGUCGGCGUUGUAUUCGUCGUUGUUCUACUUGAGAGAACAGACCGAAUGGGAGACCCAUAUCGUUGGCUGGACUGGCGAAUUGGCAAACAAGACAGAUAAGAACAGCGACGCCAACACAAACAUCCGCGACGACCCGUUGUAUUUGGACAACGAGGACCGCGACGAUCUCGAGAAGAAGAUCCGCCGCGCCUCGAACUCUGAGAACGUGCACCCGGUAUGGCUCUUGCGCAGAGACCAGAGCCGCUGGAGAAAGUACGCCGAAAAGGUCAUUUGGCCCGUGUUCCAUUACAUCCAGGGAGAACCAUCUGAUGGCAAGGAGGAGGCACAGGCGUGGCACGACUAUGUGCGCUUCAACGAAGCGUACUUCCAGAAAAUCAAGAGCAUCUACAAGCCGGGCGAUAUCAUCUGGAUCCACGACUACUACUUGUUGCUCCUUCCGCAAUUGUUGAGAAUGGAGUUUCCCGAUGCUUACAUCGGCUUGUAUGUCCACGCGCCAUUCCCAUCCUCAGAGUACUUCCGUUGCAUACCACAAAGAGUCCAGCUCUUGGAUGGUAUGCUUGGUUGCGACAAGAUCGCAUUCCAAAACGAGUCCUUCCAAAGACACUUUUUGUCUUGUUGUGCCAGAAUCUUAGGCCAUGAAGUCACCAGCAACAGUGUUUUGGUGUACGGAAGCACAGUCUCUGUGGAGACAUUGCCCAUUGGUAUCGAUACAGAGAAAAUCGAACAUGAUGCAUUCUCUCCUUCCGAGCAUGUUGGCGAGAAAGUGAAAGCACUCAGAGAAUGCUAUCCCGACAAGAAAAUCAUCGUUGGUCGUGACAGAUUGGAUUUGGUUCGUGGUGUGCCACAGAAACUCGCCGCCUUCGAAAUGUUCUUACAAAUGUACCCCGAGUGGAGAGACAAGGUUGUUUUGAUUCAGGUAUCCACCCCAGGCUAUUCUCACGACAAAAGAGUCGAGAAGAAGGUAACCGACUUGGUAAAUCUGAUUAACUCUCGCUAUGGAAGCUUGAACCACACCCCUGUGCUCCACUACCAGAUGCGUAUCAACAAAGACGAGUACUUGGCCCUUUUGAGAGUGGCUGAUUUGUGUCUUAUUACUUCUGUUCGUGACGGUAUGAACACCACCUCUCUUGAAUUUGUCAUUUGCCAAAAGCAAAAGAAGUCGCCACUCAUUCUUUCCGAGUUCACAGGAACUGCCUCUGUGCUCAAGGAUGCUAUUCUAGUGAACCCAUGGGAUUCCGUGGGAAUUGCUAAAACUAUCAAUGACUGUUUCACCAUGUCUCAUGAGAAGCGUGCUGUUCUCGAAGACACUUUGUACAAAAAGGUCACUUCAAACACCGUCCAAUCCUGGACCUCCGCAUUCUUAGAGCAUUUGAUCGACCAUUCGCUAAAGGUUCAUCAAGCUCACUACACGCCAACCCUCAAUCGUCCUCGUUUGUACAAGGCUUACCAAAACUCUUCUCGUCGUUUGUUCCUAUUUGACUAUGACGGAACUCUUACUCCAAUUGUCAAAGAUCCAGCCGCUGCAAUUCCAUCUCUGAAGUUGAUCAAAAUUGUCGAGACUUUGACUGCGGAUCCUAAGAAUCAAUUCUGGAUCAUCUCAGGACGUGAUCAAGCAUUCCUUGAAAAGUGGUGGGGUUCCUUGAAUGUCGGACUUUCUGCAGAGCAUGGUUGUUUCAUGAAAGAUGUUGGUGGUGACAAAUGGUUUAACCUUGCCGAAGCAUUCGACAUGUCUUGGCAGGACAAGGUUGAGAAAGUGUUCGAGAGCUACGUUGAAAAGACUCCAAAUUCGAACAUUGAGAAGAAGAAGGUCGCAUUGACUUGGCACUAUAGAAGAUCUGACCCAGAAUUGGGUAGCUUCCAAGCUGAAAGAUGUAUGGAAGAGCUUAAGAAUGGUAUUGCCAAAGAGUAUGAUGUAGAGGUGAUGUCAGGAAAGGCUAACAUUGAGGUGAGACCCAAGUUUCUCAACAAGGGAGAGAUUGUGCGCCGCCUUGUAUUGAACCCACAUGGUGGCAAGCAAGAUCCAUACGCAAGCCACACCACCCCCCAGCAAAUCGAUGCCUCCCAACUCCCAGAUUUUAUGUUUUGUUCUGGUGAUGACACAACGGAUGAAGAUAUGUUUAGAUCUCUCCAAAAUAUUGAAAAGCAAUGGCAUUUGGAUGACAUGCCAAAGGACAACAAUGGAUCAUAUGGUAUCUACCCUGUCCUUGUUGGUCCUGCCGCCAAGCAAACACUCGCCACUGCCCAUUUGAAUGUGCCAUCGCAGCUCAUUGACACAUUAGGUCUUUUGACCGGACAUGUGUCUUUGUUCGAGAGUGCGGGAUCGGUGGAUUUGGAUGAUAGAGGACAUGUGACGAAUAGUGAGUCGAGUGAGCGUUCUAAAUUCCGUGCUGCGGCAUUGAAAAAGGAAUCCAGUUCUAAAAGCAGCAACAACUGA